AUGGAGUCGACCAAGACGCGAGCUGCGCCGUCCGUCGUGGCGCUGGAGAGCUCUCGGCUGCACCUGUUCGAGCUCUUUAUACAGGGGGUUUUCCUUGCUACGGGCGUCUUUUCCACUUGCGUGGCGCAGUUUGUCUUCUACCAGGGGGCAGGGGACCAGAAAGCCAUGCUCCUCCCACUAUGCAACUACUUGGGGAUGAUGCUGGUGGGGUUAUUGCCGUCUAUAGGAGCUGCUGCUGCUGCUGCUGCUGCUACUUUGGAAGUAGGAGAGAGUAAUUUGACGGAGGAGGAGGAAGAAGAAGAGGAGCACGUGAAGCUGCAGCGACUCGAGACGCACGUUUACAGACGGAAGCUCGCAGUGUCGAUGCAAUGUCAUUUGGUGGACUUGGAAGCUCCGGAGACGGUCGCACUUACGCGGCGCUCAACGAUGUUGGAGCGGGAGUGCAAUACAAAGGAGGACGAGGUUGAGGCGCAGCUGCUGCUGGCGGCGGAAAAAGAUCAUGACGAAAGCAGUAACAGCAGCAGUGAAGGGAAGAAAGCUGCGUCGCUCGGGUUCCGAGUCACGUCGUCGUCCGUGCACUUUUCAGUGUCGACACUGCAGCUUUGUAUCAUUGUAUCGGUCGUGCUGGACUUUGCCGGCUGCAUCUUUUCGAAUCUGGGGUUAUCCAUGGCUGGAAGUGGACUGUACCAGGUCGUGUACUCGAGCGUCAUUUGCUGGUCGGCGCUCUUGUCCCGGUUCAUUCUGAAAAAGAUCGUGUCGAAAGAGGAGUGGUGUGGCAUUGCCCUGGUAACAUUCGGACUAGCGUUCAGCGCGCUCGGGGAGUCUGGGAGUGGGCGUGACAACACGCUUGUUCUUAUGGGCUGUCUCAAUACGCUAGUUGGUGCUGCAUUUUAUGGCGGCAACUAUGUCACGGGAGAAUACACGCUUGCGCUGGUGGAGCGACCGCAGCCGAAGGAGUUGUGUCUCAAAAUUGGCGCGAUUUGUCUUGCUGUUAUUGCCGUUUAUCAGAGCAUCUUUGUGCUGCCUUCAUGGGAUGUAUUGGUGACGAAGCCGAUCGUAGACGCCAAUGGAAAUACGAUCAAUAUUUUAUUUGCACUCGCAGCGUACACGCUGUCUCAGCUGGCUCACGGACUCACGUACUUUGUGAUGCUGGGCUCGAGUGGUGCUGUUACAACUGGUAUCAUGCAGAGCUUACGCGCUGUGUGUGUGUUUAUAAUCAGCUCGAUGAUGUACUGCAGCCAGCAGGAAUCCCAAUGUUUCGAUACCAAGCGCGGCGUGGCCACCUUGAUCGUUGUGAGUGGUGUCAUGUUUUACUCGUGGGCCAAAAGUCAGCAAGGCAAGGCGAGUGUGUUUGCUCCGCCUUUGUUGAACUGCCCAAGUAAGGAUUUUAAGACCGAGGUCGUUGCUGGCAAGAACCAUGCCGUCUAG